AUGGGGCAGGGGCGCGGGGGCGGCGUCCAGAGGCGCGGGGGCGGCGUCCAGAGGCUCAGGCGCGGUGCGCGCGGCUCCUCCGUCGCUGGGGCGCUGCGCGUAGCUUCCACUCGCCCGGCUUCGAGCCGCGGGCAGUCAGGCCAGCUCCAUGAGGACCAAGCAGGUGAACGUGCUGAUCGCGCUGGCCGCCGUCAUGCUCUUCAGCUUUUCCUGCUUCUGCAUCUCCAGGAUGACUCAGACCAGGCUCCCAGUGUAGCAAACAAACGUAGAGAUUGCCCAGGGAAAUUUGAACUUUGGAUAAACAGUAAUCAAUUAAUUCAUUGUAGACACCAUAUUUUGGAGUUUAAGGAAAAAAUGCUACGUUUAAAAAACAAAACUGAAAGAAAUCGCCAAGAGCUGAUCAAAGCCUUGAGUAAAAUGAAGUAUGAAAUGACACAGAGAAAAAAUAUGUCCAUACACUUAGUAGAGAAGAAAAUAAAUACCUUGGGUAAGAGUGAAACAGCAUCUAAUACAUUUGAAAUCCUAAAGUUCUUUUUUCCUCAUUUAAGGAAAGCAGGCAGAAUUUAUCCUGAUGUAAUCAUUGGCAAAGAGAAAACAGGUGUCUCUUUUGCACUGGGUAUUUCCACUGUUAACAGAGGAAAUCAGAGUUACCUGAAGCAAACACUGAAUUCCGUUGUCUCCAGGAUGACUCCUUCGGAAGAGAAGGACUCCGUGGUGAUUGUCUCUGUUGCAGAUGGAAACGAAGAUUAUUUAAAAUCUGUUGUUGACAUGAUUACAAAAAGAUUCAAAAGGCAACUAAGGUCUGGAUCAUUAGAAAUCAUUUCAAUACCUGCCUUUUUUUAUCCAAACAUAUUACACGUCAAGCAGUCAACUGAGGACUCCGGAAGAUCAGAGAGUUGGCGUAUCAAACAAGUACUGGAUUUUUGUUUUUUGAUGCUAUAUGCCCAACCCAAGGCCAUGUAUUAUUUACAGCUAGAAGAUGAUAUCAUAGCUAAAAAGACAUACUUUACAAAAAUCACAGAUUUUGUGCAUAAUAUCACUUCCAAAAAUUGGUUUUAUAUUGAGUUUUCAAUUCUUGGAUUCAUAGGAAAGCUGUUUAAAUCUGAGGACUUAACUGACUUUGUACGGUUUUUUUUAAUGUUCUACAAAGAUAAACCCAUAGACUUGCUCUUGGGGGACAUUUUUCAGGUAAAGAUGUGUAACCCAGGAGAAACUCCUGAAAAAUGUGCAGAACGAAAUAAACAAAUUCGUAUUCGAUACAAGCCUUCUCUUUUCCAGCAUGUGGGUAUAGAGUCAUCACUCCCUGGCGAAGAACAAUAUUCCAAAGAGCUUCAUAAUUCAAAUACCUUCUUUAAAAUUGAUGAACAACAUUCUUUGGAAAAAAUGGCAUAA